UCACCACUGCGCCAACCCUGCUUCCCGUAUAGCUGCGAUGAUCAAUCAUAUCUUCAUAUAUACAUGUACUCUUUCAUACGAAGUUCCGUAGUUUAGAUGUACCCUUUCACUCUGAUAAAGGAAAGAGUUAAUAGACAGACCGCACACAGCAGACUUCAACAGGCGUUCCUAAACACCCGUCAGAGACUAAACACCAGUCACCAGUUCUCCCUGAUGUAGAAGUGGAGACAGUGGAGAAUGGAGGAGAAUGAAGAAUGUAUGCCAUUUGACUUGGUAAUCCGCAACGGUAGAGUCAUAAAUGCAGCCAGUGGCUUGGAUAUAAUUGCAGAUGUUGGAAUCAGAAGUAAAAAGAUUGCUUCGAUUGAACCUGAUCUUGAAGGAAAAUGCUUUGAGGAGUAUAAUGCAACUGGAUGCAUUGUAACGCCAGGUUUGAUUGACAUUCACGUGCAUGUUUAUCAGCAUGCUACGCCGCUAGGUAUUGAUGUAGACGAGACAUGCCUGGCCAGGGGUGUGACAACUGUUGUUGAUGCUGGAAGUGCAGGAGCCACAACCUUCCCUGGCCUUCGUAAAUUUAUUGCGGAAAAGUCACAGACCAGAGUGUUGUCUCUGCUCCAUAUAGCAGCUCAUGGGCUGGCAUCAGCAGGCUGCACGGGAUGGGUAAAAGGAGGAGAAUGUGACUCACUAAACCAAGUAAAUUCUAAGUUAUGCAUUGAGUGCAUAAACCAAAACAGAGAUGUAAUAGUAGGAGUAAAAGUUCGCCUCUCUGCAAGUGCCGCCAGUGACGGAGCCAAUGAAGAGGAAGCUUUCAAGAGAGCUCUGAAUGUGUCGUCAGAAACCAAUGUCCCACUUAUGACCCAUCACACAUUUUCCACAAUUCCUGUUCAGCAAACAGGACAACAAAAAAUGUCGUGUCCAGGAAGCCUACGUGCUGGAGAUAUAUACACCCACUGUCUUCAUGGCUGGCCAAGCACCAUCAUCAACCCACUGAAUAGACAAAUCCACCGUGAAGUGCACGAUGCUCGCAAGCGAGGGGUACUUUUUGACGUGGGCCAUGGAUGUGGGUCGUUCUCGUGGACUGUAGCAGAGAUAUGUGCGAAAGAGGGCUUUUGGCCAGACAUAAUCAGUUCUGAUUUGCACGUGGAAUCUGUAGAUGGUCCCGCGUACGAUUUGUUGACUGUGAUGACGAAAAUGCUGCACGUGGGAAUGCCUUUGAUUGAAGUUAUCAAAGCUGUUACUAUGACACCAGCUGUUGCCAUUGGCCGAAACGAUGUGAUUGGCUCGUUAAGCCAUGGUCGUGUAGCAGAUAUCACAAUUUUACGUCUUGAAGAUGUUGACAUUGAUCUUGAAGAUUGUCACGCGCAGUUAAGAAGGAUUAAACAGCGUUUCUUGCCUGUUGCGGUGUUUAAGAAUGGUGUUCGUUUCAAGACUACCAUGCCAAACUCGUUUCCGAAUACCAGUAAAUGGAAAGAUUUAGCCUCGUUACAAGAUGACCUUGUUGUCAAAGAUGAAGCCUAGUUACAUUUUAACAACAUAAAAUGUUUUACCAAAUGAAACUUGUAGAAUCAAGAUCAGUGAUUUAGAUACAACUUCACUUUGCUCGUCAACCUCGUUUCCAGGGUCUCUCUCGCUCCGGUAGGGCGGGAAGAUGAGAAAUGCUGGGAACGAGGUUGUCUGUUCCUUACUCUUGUUAUGUUGUUUAUCCGUUCCCUAUAUCUCUAAGACAGAAUUUUUUUUUUUUUCAUAAAUGGCGAUAUUACUAUGACACAUAUUCAUUAAUUGUUUUUCUUUUGAUUUUAUGAGUAUUAGCAUGUUAAUAUGAAAUUUGAAAUAUAAGAAAUUGUCCUUGUUGUGUCAUCUUUGUAUUGUAAAGCAGGAACAACGUCUGGCAAUCAACACAGACAGUAAAAUGAGGUGCGAAGGAUUCGGCAGACGGUGGAAUGAAAAGAAUGACAUUUCUGUAGACCAAAAAGAUAACGCAUUGCUCGUUUUAAGAACUGAUUAAAGGCGCGAACAACUUAAAACCGUGUGUGAUUCAAUUAGUGCGAAUGAAACGGGAUGGGGUGUGGUCGGAUUGCGCGCUUGUUUUCGCGCGAUUUUCCUCGCGCGCUCGCUCAGUUCGCUUUUUGGUAAGAGAAAGAUAGAGAAACUAGGCUUAAAGAAGUGAACCGAGUAAAAGAACGACCCAAGAAUAUAUCCAUUCGGCUGACGUGAUGUUACUAUACGACUAUCCUGAGUUCACAGAAGCUCCAACUGAACAACAAGAAUAAUUUCUGCGAGAGAAAGAUUAACAAAAGGCUUUUGAGACCACCCCCGCUGUGUACCGGACGAAAUUUCAGCGGUUGCGAAAAUAAGCCUGAACAAAAAUUCAAACUACUUUGGUUCCAGAGGCUUUCUCUUUUAAUUUACACGUUAAGAGACCCGCUUUUUCAAUUCAGUUUCAGAAAAAAGACAAAAACCUCCGAGACUAGAGAAAUUCAGGCUUGAAUGGGAUUCGAACGGGUGACCUGUGUGAUACCAGUGCAGUACUCUACCAACUGAGUUUUCAAGCCAGCUAGGAGCUGGCUAUAUGAAUUUGUGAUAUAUCUGUAGAGGUGAAGAUGUGAAAGAGAAUAUAUGAGGAAAAUCUUUGUCCCGCAGUACAAAUAUAUGUUUCUUAUAAAUAUCUUCAGGCUGGAAGUUUUUUAAUUUUAAUUUUUUGUAGUUUACUUCUAGUGAAUUGGGCUUAUUUUGGCAACUGCCCAUUAAAUUGCGUUCAAAAAUAACUGCGGUGAUGUCUCAUGCCUUUGCACGUCUUGUGGAAAAGAGAAAAAAGUGUGAAUAAGUUCAAAGUUUUAAGAAGACAAUCAUUAUAGCUAGCCAGAAAUAGGAUCGGAUAAUAUUAUAUAUAUUGAUAGGGUCUACUAUGGCCCAGCUCCUAACUAUUUUUCCCGAGAAUUUGAUAAAUGACUGGAUAAAGAGAAACGAUUGGGCUUAAAAGCAAAAAGAUUUCAAGUCAAGUUUGCCAAAAAGGAACGACGAGGAUGGGAUUCG